GCGGGGGCCGCGGUUGAGGGGCGCAGCCUUCCGGAGGUGUUUCCUCGUCCUCCCCCCGCCGGACGGGGGUGGCGAGGGCUGUCCCGCCAUGAACUUGGCCGGGCAGAGCGGCGACGCCGGUAGCGGCCAUCUGCUGUUCGCUAACUUCAACCAGGACAACACGUCCCUUGCAGUUGGCAGUAAAUCAGGCUACAAAUUCUUCUCUCUUUCUUCUGUGGACAAAUUAGAGCAGAUCUAUGAAUGCACUGACACAGAAGAUGUGUGCAUUGUGGAGAGGCUCUUCUCCAGCAGUCUGGUGGCCAUAGUUAGCCUUAAAGCUCCACGCAAGCUCAAAGUUUGUCACUUUAAGAAGGGGACAGAGAUUUGCAACUACAGUUACUCCAACACCAUCUUGGCUGUCAAACUCAAUAGACAGAGGCUGAUAGUAUGUCUGGAAGAGUCUCUUUAUAUCCACAACAUACGAGACAUGAAGGUAUUACAUACAAUCAGGGAGACACCUCCCAAUCCUGCAGGGUUGUGUGCUUUAUCAAUAAACAAUGAUAAUUGCUACCUGGCUUAUCCAGGAAGUGCAACUAUUGGAGAAGUACAAGUCUUUGACACCAUCAAUCUGAGAGCUGCCAAUAUGAUCCCAGCUCAUGAUAGUCCCUUGGCUGCUUUGGCAUUUGAUGCAAGUGGUACUAAACUUGCCACAGCCUCAGAAAAGGGGACAGUAAUAAGAGUGUUUUCCAUUCCAGAGGGACAGAAACUCUUUGAAUUCCGAAGGGGAGUGAAGAGGUGUGUGAGCAUCUGUUCAUUGGCUUUCAGCAUGGAUGGCAUGUUUCUGUCUGCAUCCAGUAACACAGAGACGGUGCAUAUCUUCAAACUUGAGACUGUGAAAGAAAAACCUCAGGAAGAGCCUACAACCUGGACAGGUUACUUUGGAAAAGUGCUGAUGGCCUCCACGAGCUACCUGCCCUCUCAAGUGACAGAGAUGUUCAACCAGGGCAGAGCCUUUGCUACAGUCCGUCUGCCCUUCUGUGGGCACAAAAACAUCUGUGCACUUGCCACAAUCCAGAAGAUCCCUCGUUUGCUGGUGGGAGCUGCUGAUGGGUAUCUCUACAUGUACAACUUAGACCCCCAGGAGGGAGGCGAGUGCACACUAAUGAAGCAGCACAAACUCGACGGCAGCAUGGAGCCCGCCAAUGAAAUUCUGGAGUCUGCGUCGCACGACCGGCCCUUGGUAGCGCAGACGUACAGUGCCGCUGUGACUAAAGGUACAUACGUGCCUUCCUCACCCAGCAGGCAUGCCUAUACAGAUGACCUGGGUGCUGUGGGUGGAGCUUGCCUGGAAGAUGAAACCAACUCACUUAGAUUGGAUGAAGACAGUGAGCAUCCCCCCAUGAUCCUUCGGACAGACUAAACUUGGACCUGUGAACUCACUCCUGAAGCAGAGAACACUGGCUUGAUGUUUCCUGAGGAAUCUCGUGUUAUGCUGCUAUGAACUUUGACAUGAGUUGGGAGAGAGGAUGACAGACUCUUACAGUUUUAAGUCGUAGCUGUAGUUCUAAUUCUAUACAAUUGGAAAAAUAUAUGGUUUUCAAUUCAGUGGCUUUUAAUCUUGCUUAUCUAUUUUAGCUGUGUUUAUUUUUUUUUUUGUUGCCAAAACCUGCUGUUUGUGCAGCCCUCAGAGCCUACUUAGCUUUGCAUGCAUUCAUGUGCCAAGCAAGCAUAGGAGGGGGAGAGAGAGAGAGAAGCCACUUUAUAACAAACUCAAGUUUGUAUUUUUUUUAUAUAUGUAUAUAAUAUUUAGCCUAUAUAAGGAAGGAGUCGAGAAGUGGUUCUGGAAGCUGAGACAGUUCUGCACUGACAAAGGUCCAAAUGGGUUCCUGUGCAUGGGCUUGCAGGCAUACCUAGUGACUGACAUGCAACCUCUCAAAUGCAAUGGCCUGUUUUUUUUGGGUUCUCCCUUCCCUUUCCUGGACCAUUUUGUUAAUUAAAAUUCCUUCUGAAUGUUG